AGUCGUGUCCUUUUUAGACGAACGUCAGCCUUGGAAGAUCUCUUCUCCAAUUUUGUACCAAAUCGCAGUGACUGUUUGCUGUUCAUUUCUCGUGGAGAUCAGCUUGAAGAGAGGCUCAGGGUUUCAGCCUGCAUCAGGAUAAAUAGAAUAAAAUGCCUGGACCAGCAGCAAGUGCAACUAAUGUUGGGGCGUCUAGCCGUUCCCCCAGCAAGACAGUGGCUCCCCGUGCAGCAGGCUCCACAGUCAGACAGAGAAAAGCAACCAGCAGUGGUACACGCAGUGGCGGCAGGACCACGGGAUCUGCAGGUACUGGUGGGAUGUGGCGCUUCUACACUGAAGACUCGCCAGGCCUGAAAGUCGGUCCGGUGCCAGUCCUGGUGAUGAGUCUCUUGUUUAUUGCUUCGGUCUUCAUGCUUCACAUCUGGGGGAAGUACACCCGCUCUUAAACCUGAUGACCUUUGACCCUGCGCCUCAGCUUCUUAACUUCGUGGACCUGGACCAAACAACAAAUGAACAAGUUUCAACUUCCCUCCAUCAGCAUCACUACAACACACAAAUUGGAUUUUUUUUUGUGAUCAUUUUACUAAUGCAAGAUCUUAAUCUGCAUCAGACUUUGGUGGACCCUUCGCUGCUUCAUCCUAUCACUUCAUGUUUUACAAUUGAUGUGAAGAGGAGAACGCCUCGCCAUGUCAGAUGUCAUGAAGCAGCGGCAUGAAGACAAUGUGGUGCCCAAGGACUUUUUUUUUUUUUUUUUUUUUUUUUACAGGCCCCACCAAACAUUUCUCUAUGUAGCCUGAGUUCUGUUUUUUUUUUGUUAACAUUUGUACAAAAUUAAAUUGUAAAAUUGUACAAUAAAAAAUUUUAAAAGUGUCA